ACUGACAUGAAAAUUAAAAAUCAAAGAAAUUUUCGGACGCGUAUCCUGAUCUGUGGAAAAUUUCUAAUAAUUUCGUUUAUUUUUUAUUGUUUGUGUGGGCUUAUUAUUACACUUUUGACUAGGGAAAAGCCGUCGGAGGUCAAUCGCUGUUACAUGGAUGCGAUCUCAAUAGAGGUCUUCGCCCAGAACCGAAGUUUAAUUGAAGAUGGUGACCCUAUACCUCUAGAGGAUGUCCUGCUAGCAAAAGAUAAACCUGUGCCAGGAAAAACUAUAUUUCUUCUAGAAACCAGCUGUGCCUGUUCAGACCCCCAAUUCGAUCUGCUUACUCUCAACUCCCGACAGGCUUGUGCCGUCGAAUCGGCCGCGUUGCAUAAUCCAAAUUUGCAGGUGUUCGUUCUGUUCGUCUGCCCAACCUUUCGUCAUCAGUCCGAUCCCAUAACUGAUGCCAUCAUCAGCUAUAAGAAUGUGAAGCUACGCCAUGUCAAUCUAUGGCGAUUUGCGGAAGGAACUCCUGUUGAGGAUUGGGUCAAGAAGGACGAUCUAUUUCGAUCCAGAUAUCUGGUGAAUAACAUAUCCAAUCUCCUUCGCUUACUGAUGCUAUAUCGCUAUGGCGGCAUCUACAUGGACAUGGAUGUGGUGGUUUUGCGCAGCUUUGAGGACGAGACGGUUAAUUUUCUAUGUCCUGAAUCAAAGAUUUCUAUUACGAAUGCUGUUAUAGGUUUAAAGCCCAAAGGAUUUGGACAUAAGCUUGGAGAGCUCUUUUUGCGCGACUUUCAAAACAACUAUAACGGCGACAUCUGGACCCACAAUGGACCCAAAAGUUUGUCGAGAGUAAUGAGUAAAAUUUGUGAAGUAAAUAAUGUAAGCCUUAUGCUGGAUCGCCAUCAAUGCCACGGCAUAAAGUUGUUCCCUAUCAAUGUCUUUUAUGAGAUUCGCGUAGACCAGUGGACCCAUUUCUUUGACCCAAAGCUUGCGAACGAGACACUGGAGAGGCUAAACAACUCCUAUCUUACACAUUUAUGGAAUAGUAUCAGCCAUAAAAGGUCUCUCCGAGUCGACUCCGAUGCAGCUUACAUCCAGUUGGCAAAACAAAACUGUCCCAAGGUUUUAGAUGCAACGUCAAAGCGCUUCGACUAAUCUCUCAAUAUUUCUAAUAAAAUUAUAAUUACAUAA